AUGGCGCGGCUGCUGGAGCUGUGGGCCCCGGGCGGCGGGCGACAGCGGCGGCGUCGGGCCUUGUCUUGGGCGGCGCUGGGGCUGCUGCUGGGGCUGGGCGCCCUCACCUACCUGCCUCCGCUGCUGGCGGCCUACCGGAGCCACGGGCUGUGGCUGCAGCGGAGCAGCUACGCGGAGCAGCCCAGCGUCCGCUUCCGUCACGAGGCGCUGCUGGUGGCGCUCCUGGGCGGAGGAGGCUUCGUGGGCUGGAGCGCCUUCCCGGCCUGCAACCGCCUCCUGGGCGCCCGCCUCCGCAUCCCGCUCCUCUCGGCGGCGGAGGAGGACCUGGACCGGGACGGACUGUCGGACGUGCUUCGGCUGCGGAUGGAGCUGCCUCUUCUUCCCGGGGAGGAGGUCGUGGGCCUCCAGCUCCUGCUGACGUUCUCCUACCGGCUGCAGAGGAUGUCCACCUUCGAGAUGCAGAGCAUGGCCCUGGUGCAGGCCUCCUCUCCGGCGCCGGGGGCCCGGGUCUUCGUCAGCGGGGACCUGCGGCUCCUCCAGAGGCAGCCCCUCCGGCACACGACGGGCCUCGAUGACAACGCCUACAACGUGUCCGUGAUCAACAGCACAAGUCCAUUUGCCCAGGACUACGAUCUCACGAAUAUUGUUGCUGCCUAUCAAGAGAGAAAUGUCACAACGGUCUUGACCGGUCCCAGCCCCCUGUGGUCAGUCGGAAGAGCCCCCAGCGAGCCCUUUGUGAUCCAGGUGGUCAUCCACUAUCCUGUGGAAGUCAUUGCAUAUCAGCCCGGUUUCUGGGAGAUGAUAAAGUUUGCUUGGAUCCAGUAUGUCAGCAUCCUGCUGAUCUUCCUUUGGAUAUCUGAAAGAAUAAAAGCCUUUAUUUUCCAGAACCAAGUGCUAACCAUGGUUCCGGUGUCACAGCACCCGGCUGCCUUGGCAUUUAAAGAGCACCAGUCCUGAGCAUACUCCUGGAAACACCAGAUAAAAUGGAUUUGCCUCACUUUCUCUUUCUUCAACUGCUCCGUAUCUCAAGGAUGAGGAUCAUGGGAAACUAUUGGACAUGGCAUUUCCCUUGCUCCCAUCCUGGGAAGGAUGUGUGUCCGUUUCUGUCUCCGCUGUGGACGCGGGGGGGGGGGGCUGGCUGUUCUGCUUCCAGAAGUGUAUUUUAGGCUUCCUUGGUUGAAGUCUCCAUCUCAACCUGUAGCAGCUUCAGCGGGUAAGAGCAAGAGUCUACUUAUGCGUUGAAUUCAUCUGUGUUUUCACUAGUGAAUUUCAGGCAUGUGUAUCAUUUUAGCCAUGAUUCUGUGUGAGGACAGAGGACAGAAAUGCCAAGCACCACUGUGAGAUAGCACCAAGAUGCUGGCUGUCCAGUGUGAUUCUUUCCAAGGAGGAUGCGCUGGCCAGUCUGUGGAUCGGAGCUGUUGAACUGAAAUUCCCAGCAGCCCUAAUUGGCAGAGCUAAAGGUGAGGAAUGCUGGGAGUUGCAGCCCAGUAUCUUUUCAGGGCCACAAAAGCUCCAGCCCUGCUGCAGAGCUCAGCCGCCCCACAGAAGACGGCAAAAGUGACCUGGCUUAUUUGAAAGAUUGACACCUGAACACUAGCAGGUUUUUGGGGUAGCUCAUGAAAUUAUAAUAAACUGGAUCUAGAAAAGAAGCGUUUAAACACUGGUAUAUAAAGCCGUCAGUGAAAAUUAAAUUCACGCUUAAAAGAAAGGCAAUUGGUAAAGGACUACAAGGUCUGGUUCAUUGAAAACCUCCUGGCCUGGUUUAGCCCAAAGGGAGGAGCUCUGGCUGGCCCCAAAUACUUCAACACAGUAGGAAGAAUUUCAAAGCCAGAGGGGCUAAAUAAAGUCCAACUUUGCAGUGUGA